CUCUCCUGACAGCCGGCAGCGGCGAGCGGCCGCCGGGCCGGGCCAUGGGCUGGUGCCUGUGACGGGGCCACUCGCCCGCCCGCCGGCGUCGCCCGCAGCGCGGCCGGCAUGUGCCUAUGACCAUGGAGAUGAAGGACUCGGGCAGCGUGGUGCUGACAGCCUACCAUCCCCACAGCCCGGCCAGGAUCCCGGGCAUGGAGCAGAGCUUCGUACAGGACAUCCCGCCCAGCCAUUCGCCCACCAGCAGAAAGUCUCUCUCUCGCUGUCGAAGAAUUAACAGGAUGCUUUCCAACGAGUCAGUACCUCCUGCCUUCAGUCGCUCCAAUUCUCAGGCCUCCAUGGACAGCACUUCCAUGGAGGACUUCUGGUGUGAAGUAGAGAGCAUCAAAGAGAGCAGAGAAGAUGGAUCUGAAGAAGCAAUGCUCUUGGAGUUCAAACCUGCUGAUGAAGGGGAACUGGAGGCAGAAUGGCUGCAAGAUGUAGGUUUAUCCACAUUGAUCUCAGGAGCUGAAGAGGAGGAUGGCCAAGCCCUGCUGUCCACUCUGACCAGAACUCAAGCUGCUGCUGUACAGAAGAGGUACAACACCUACACUCAGACCCUGAGGAAGAAGAACAAGCACACAGUCCGGGAUGUGCGAGAUAUCUUUGGCACCAGCGACUCUUCUCCCACAUUUGAGACAGUUCCAGUGUCACCAGUAUCUUCUAAUGGCAUCCAGCUUCCUGGGCAGAAACCAGUUUGGAAAUCAGUUAGCUCUAAGAGCUGCCUAGACUGUGGAACAGAUAAGGGCAGCCCAUCCAUAACAGAAGAGCUCUCCUAUGAUGUCUCUUUCUCAGAAUCCAUUACAGUCCUUCCGAAAACCCAAGAGUGGCCAAAAAACCAGAGGUUCAAAAAGGAAGACUCAGCUUUGCCAAAAUUCAUUGUUCGGAAAAGCCGUUUUGGACUGACAGAGGUUGGGGACCUCUCUCCCGAGGACAUGAAGAAGAUCCGCUACCUCUCCCUGAUCGAGCUCACGGCCUUCUACGACGCGCUGGGCGUGGAGCUGAAGAGGAACCGCCUAGAGAGGGUGCGGGGCCGAGAGAAUGGUCUUUUCGGAGUCCCUCUCACCGUACUGCUGGAGAAUGAUCAAAAGAAGGUUCCUGGAACAAAAGUGCCCCUUAUCUUCCAAAAACUGCUGCUCAAGCUUGAGGAAACAGGUUUGGAAACUGAAGGAAUUCUGCGGGUUCCCGGAUCUGCCUCCAGAGUCAAGAAUCUCCAUCAAGAACUUGAAGCAAAAUUUUAUGAAGACACCUUUGACUGGGACCAAGUACGAAAUAAUGAUGCAGCAGGACUGCUAAAAAUGUUUAUAAGAGAACUCCCAAGCCCACUCUUCACAGUAGAAUAUCUGCCUGCAUUCAUCAUGCUAGUAGAAAAAAUCUCCAAGAUCAAGUUACAACUACAAGCUUUGCAUUUGUUGAUCAUGCUGAUGCCUGAAGCCAACAGAAACACAGCCAAGGCCUUUCUUCAGUUCCUGAAGAAGGUGGUUGCUAAUGAAGGGAAAAACAAGAUGAAUUUGUGGAAUGUGUCUAUGAUUGUUGCGCCAAACCUCUUCAUCUACAAAGGGAAACGUGCAAACCAACAAGAAAUGCAAGCAGCCGCCACCACUGCGCACAUUGUGCGGCUUUUAAUCCGGUACCAGGACAUCCUGUGGACAGUCCCAUCCUUCCUGAUUUCCCAAGUGAGAAAAAUGAAUGAGGCAGCAAUGAACAACAGCAAGAGACAGCUGAUGUUUGACAAAGGAGUGAGAAAACUUUUGAGGAGAAAGACUAUGGAACGGGAGAGACCUGAAAGACCAGAGUCUGACAUACCGGAGGGAGUGAUAAGAGUUUAUGCUCCGCUGCAUUCAAAAGUCUCUAUGGCAAUUCAACUGAACAGCCAAACAAAAGCCAAAGACAUCCUGGCUCGAUUCCACUGUGAAAACAGCCAUGGAUCAUCACAGAACAUGAGAGGCCAUAUCCAAAGUUUACAUGAAAUUGGAGGAAAUAUAGGUCAGCACUGUCUGGAUCCAGAUGCAUUCAUGCUAGAUGUCUACCGUGCAAAUCCUCAGGCAGAAUGGGUGAUAAAACCAAAAGCCAGCUGAAGCAGAUGGCAGCAGUAUACUGGACAAAAGCCAAAUGGACAGGAGUGAUGCCUGUCAUUUUAAGCAGCUCUUGCAGAGACAUAACAAAAUGGUAUCCACAGGACAUCAUUCCUACUUACUGUACUGUCCAGCUGAUGGUCAGUACAUAGUACUUUUGGUAUUCCAGCUUCCAAACCAUCGGAAAAAUAUCAGUUAUGCUUUCACAUGGAUUACACUUGUGCCAGUUGGCCCGAGAGGUGAGGAGGGCAGACCAAGGUACGGUGUUCGUUUCCUGACAUGGUGUUAGAACAAUUUUUGGAAAUAAUGCAGUGGCAUCAGAUGAAUGAAACACUACUGCCCACAGCAUGACACAAAAGCAUGACAGACACUGGAGAAGGGAAGAUGUCUGUCAGGCAUGGAAGGCAGGAGCUCAACACGCAGCAGUGGCAAGACAGCUGUGUGAAAACCAAACCUUUCUCCUGAAAGUAAACCCAUACAGUGUGUGUUACUGCAAUGCUUGUGUCUCUCAGUCACUCCUCGUGAGUACCUGAUGCUGGGGGAGGGAGGCAGGAGGAGGAACUACAGACAGCUGUACUGCUCAGUGUACGUACCACUGUAUGUCUCACUACCAGUCUUCCAAAAUCAUAUCUGAAUCCCUCAGCUGUGUGCAACUGUAAUGCCACAAACCACACUCCCCUCCCUUCCCCUGUCACACAAGUUAAAGGAGACAAAGGGUAGGUGAGGAAGGGAUAUGCCCCUAGCUCUGCCUUUUACUUGAUACUCUCAGAACUAAAUCUGUGUAAUGCCAGACUAUGAGAUGUGUUAAUGGUGCCACAGUCAUGACCUUUUUUGUUAAUCAUUAUAUUUUCUAAUUUGUAACCUAAUUCU